AUACAGGAGUCGGCAUGAAAAGUAAAACACAAGGAAAUGGCGAUAAUUCGCAAUACAAUAAGAUUUGGCAGAAAGAUUCUGCCAAUCAGGACAAGGUAGAUGUAAGCGGAGAAAGUGCUGGAGGCGGAGACGAAAAGAAGCCCCAAAAACCAAAGAAAGAUGAUAAACCUGAAGACAAAAGGAACGAAACCAAAAUCAAUAUUGAUUCUCACACUAUUCUUCCGAAUGGAAGACGUUGGCGUAAGUUUUCCGCUGUUGUAAGGCCAGAGAACUUGGGUCAAGGUAGUAACACAAACAAUUACGUGGCGAAAAAUUGGAAAAAAAAUUUGAAUGUCACGGACGAUUACCACGCAGGCCACAUCAUUGGCUGUAUGUUAGGGGGCUCUGGUUCUGAUGUGAACAAUCUUGUCCUCAUGCACAGUGGCUUUAAUAACGGAAGUCUCAAAUCUUUUGAGUUCCGUGCCCGUAAUUUACUCAGGCAUUGCCAGGAAAUGAAUCCCAACGCCUCCGUAGAGGCUAGAAUUACGGUUUCCAUAGGUUUUGCUCCUGGUGGCGAUAUACCAUAUCAUCUUUUCUAUGGUGUUAAACUGGUCGUCAACGGAGUCGUAGAAAAAACGGGAUAUGCCGCUAUUUUCAUAAUCAACUGUUGUGCAAAUGGUGCCCAUGAUGGUCCUUGUAACGGUAUUCAAGAGGACUAUUAUUAUACGGAUGAAUAGAUCAGCGUGGUCAGCCAAGCCUUGACUAGACAUCGUGAUUAAAAAAAAAGGAAAAAUGAACUUUUACUCAAUAAUUUUCAAGGCAAACUGAUAUAGUAUUCUGCGUUUAAAGGACUGUUUUUGCUUUUAUAGCAUUUAUUGACUA